AUGUGUGGCCUGCUCGCUGUCUGCUUGGCCCUGCUGCCGAGCUCAUCUGCGUUGGUAGCAAGCCCGCGCAUCGCGUCGAUUGCGAGCGUGACGCGUCGCACAAUUGUGCUUGCGGCAGAUGCGACAACGGAGCGCAAAGCAAAGCUCGCAGCCUUCAACGCCGAGCAGAAGGCGAAGCGGGCUGCCGCGGCGGCAGCUCGUAAAGGAGGCAGCAAGGCGGCCGCGCCCAAGCCCGCCUCCUCUUCGCCCUUUGCUGGCAUUUUUGGCGGCGGCUCGAAGCCUGCGCCGCCUCCGCCGCCGCCGCCUACAAAGGCGGCGCCGCCGCCUCUGUUCAGCUUUGGAAAGGCUGCCGCGAGCCCGAGCGCCGCUGCCACCAAGGCACGGAGGCCGCCCAGCAAGCCUGCCAGUCCGGCCAAGGCUGCACCGACGGGCGGCGGCUCGCCCUUUGGAGGCUUCUCCUUCGGCGGCGGCGGAGGCGGCGGCGCCCGCCGCGCCCAAGCCCGCCCCGAAGCCUUCACCUGGCUGGCUGGCGCCAGCAGCCUCCUCCACCGCCUCCCCCGGCAGCUCGGCCUCGCCCUUCGGCUUCUCGAGACGGUGCCGAUGCCGCCGGCGGAGCCUGCGCCAGAGGCGGCUGCGGCGGCGGUCGAGACGGACAUCGCGUCCAAGAUUGGGGUGGGGGUGACGGGCGCAGUCGCCGGCUCCGUCCUCGCCGACGCGCUCGUCUCGGCGGCCGGCGUCGGGCUGACGGGCGAGCCAGGCGAGGCGGGCGAGGCGGCGCGGUUCGUCGGAGGGUCGGUGGCGAACGUGACGAGCUCGUACGCCGAGCUCGCGAAGCUCGAGGCGGAGAUCGCGCUCGCGGAGCAGCAGCAGAAGGCGCAGGCAGCGAUCGACGAGACAGUCGCCGAGAUCAGCGCCACGCCCGGCCGGAUUGCGGACGAGGUCAAGGCGACGCCGGGCCGGGUGACGCUGUCUCUCAAGCAGCGGCUCGAGGCGGCGCAGGCGUCGGCGCGCCAGCAGGUAGAGGAGGCGAAGCGCAAGAUCCAGUCAAAGUGA